AUGAAGUUUCGCGGCAAGGCAAAAGCAGCAGAGCCGGCCCAGCAGACGAAAGAGGUCAUGGAGUUGAGAUUGCGCGUGGAGGAGCACGGCCAGGCAUUGGAUAAGCUACAGGACGGUGAAUUGGAAAAGCUGCGGAAGGACUUACAAGACCAAGCAAGACUCAUCAAAAAAUUGGACGACGCGACGGGCAGCAGUGACGCGCGCUGUUCAACAUCGUCGGAGCGUGUUCAAGAGGCAAGAGCGGUUGCUGAAGAACGGAAGUGGCGAUUGCGGAUGGAGACCUUCGAAGCCAGCUUGGCGAGGAAUGCAGAACACAUCGAGGCAUGCAACCAAAGGACAUUGGAGCUUGCGGAGCGCACAGCAGCCAACGAAGCAGACUUUCAGCGAGGCUUCUGCUCCAGCCAGUCUGCCGAGCGUCUGUGCUCUGAAGCCACAAAAGACAUCAGCCUGAUGCGGACAUCUUCUGACAAGCAGGCCGAGGACUUGAAGCAGCUUGACAAGCAACUGCGGUGUUUGGCUGCGGAAUUUGCGACCAUGAAGGACGCAGGGAAUGUCACCGUCAAGCGUAUGAACAGCCAGGAAGAUCUCCUAAGUGCUCUGCAAGUCACAUCCAGUGAGCUUUCUUCGAUGCAGAGGGCGCACAAGGAAGAGAUGCUAUCCUUCGGAACAAGUUUGCAAGAAGUCCUUGCCGGCGUGGCUGUUUGCAAGACGGAAGCACUGGCAGUGCAAAGCAGGAUGGAUGCAGUGGCACAACAGUCGGAGGAUACCUGCAAACAAAUGUCCAAGUCGAACCAGCACAUUUCCAAGAACGACAUCAAAAUACAGACCGCAAUCGAGGAGCUUCGAGGUCAACACGAUCUUCUUCAGAGCAUGCAACGCAGCCUCAAGAUACAGGAGGAUGGUCUUAGCCAGGUCCAAGACCAGUGCAGUCGCCUCGAGUCGCAAUUUUCAUCUCGGGACAGUGCUGUUGGAAAGAGAAUGGAUAAGAUUGAGCGAGACGUGACAACCACUGAGACGGAAUUGUCAACAAUGCAAGGGUGCCUGGAAGGUCACAACGCCCACCUGGCCACCUUGGACGAGCAGCGCCUGUCGCUGGCUGCCAAAGGAGCGCUGCAGGAGGAGCAGCUUCGGAAAUUGUGGGCAGCGGUGGAAGGUUUGGAGAGCCAGGCACACUCCGAGCACAAGGAGCUACUUCACCUGUCGAAGGGUGUCAAGGAGCAGGGCCAAUGCCUGGAAGAUAUUCAGUCAGAAGCGCGAGCACAAUCAAAGGCAACCAUGGAGUUGGACAACAAGCUCGAGACGAUUCAGCAUGAAAGCACGAAGUUGUUGGACGAGAAUCGCCAGCAACUCAAGUCGGCCUUGUCGGAUCUAGAAACCGAGGUCAGAGCUGUGUCCGGCGCCCAACGCGAAGCUUCUGAGCUGCUGAGAAAGACCAGUGCGGAGACAGAGGCCAUGAAGACGGAGUCUCGAGAACUGGCGAAGGCACAAGCCGCCAUCACGGACCGACAGGAGCUGCAGGAUGCGCAGAACUCAAGGUAUGAUGAGAUACUGGAGAACUUGCUGCAGCAGAAUACAAGCCUUCUGGACCAAGCCUUCGUGUGGGAUGCUGACAUCAAGUGCACAUUGCAACGGAUAGGCGUGCUUGAGGCCAAAGCGGAAACUUUGGACUCUGAGCAGGAGAGCAUGAGGCAGACUGUUUCCAGAUGCAUCACUCAGAUACAGGAAGAAAUUGAGUCCACGCAGAGCCGUCAGAACAGUACCUACGAGGUUGCCAGUCGACUGCAGCAUGAGAUGUCGACACAAGUCUCCAGAGUCGAGAUGCAGCAGAUGCAUGCCGAGCUACAGGAUUGGGUGACAGCAACUCGCCAGGCGAUGGACCGCUGGCUGUCAACAUCCUUGGAUAAGUUUCAGAAGGAGCAAGGAUUGGUCCUGCAGCACCAUCAAAGCUGGAUGCACCGUGUGAAGCGCUGGGUCGAAAAGAUUCAUGUGCGUGAGCAGGGCCUGAGCCACGUUAUUCUCCACAUCCUGCAGGAGGGCUCACCAGACAUGGUGAAGCUGCUGGAGGAGGCCUUGAAAGUGCCACGAAAGCCGAGCAUGAGCCCCAACAGCGACUGGGAGCCGAGCUGA